UCCAAGACUCCAAGAAGUUCCAGAGAGAGAAAGUGAGAGUGAGGGUUUCAUGUAAGAAAGAAAAGAGUGAUAGUUAGAGAUCUGUAAAAGAUAGAAAAAUAGAGAGAAAAGCAAGGAGAAGAAAAGUUCAGAGGUUACCAGUCGUCUGUGUGGCUUGGAUCCUCUUUGAUCUACCAGAAACCUUCUUGAUAAUAGUGCUACUAACUGAGUCGCACCCCUGAGGCGAGCUCGACGAGGAAGUAGUCCAUAGAUUGGGACGAAACUCGAUAAAACUGUUUGCUCUUCUUCUUCUCUGAUCUCCUCUCUUUUUCUUUUGAUUGUUUUGGUUCCAGAUCUUGCUUGUGUGCCCUAGGUCUCGUUUAUUUUUCUUCUGAGUGUUUGUGCAAAAUGAAAGAGAUGAUGUAAUCUGAAAAGAAACAUAGAACUAGUUAUGAGGUUUAGAUAUUAUUGAUAAAGUAACACAGUAAAAGAAAACGUGUUCAUUCUCAGCCAUAUUUUUGUGUUGAAGUAAAAGGUCAGUAUUGACCUUGAAUUUGUUACUGAGUUGGUGUAGGGUCAGUUUGGUAAAACCCACAUUCAUGAUACCUAUGAAAAUACUUGUUCAAAAUUUCAAUCAAAUACAUGGAAAAUCUAUCUUUGUAAGCCCUAAAUUUGAGUUUCUUUAUAGAGAAAUAUAGUGAUACAUUUCAGUGGAAAUUAUGGGUGAGGAUCAAGAUAUCUAUACAAAGGAUGGAACUACUGAUUUUAAAAACAGGCCCGCUCUCAAGAAAGAAACCGGAACCUGGAAAGCUUGUCCUUUCAUUCUUGGGAAUGAAUGCUGUGAGAGAUUAGCUUAUUAUGGGAUGAGUACAAAUCUGGUGAAUUAUCUAAAAUCUCGACUAAAUCAGAGAAAUGUGGUUGCGGUUAAUAAUGUUACAAACUGGUCAGGCACAUGUUAUGUUACACCUUUGAUUGGAGCAUUUUUAGCUGAUGCCUACCUUGGAGGAUAUUGGACUAUUGCAUCUUUCUCAAUCAUUUAUGUGUUUGGAAUGAUAUUAUUGACAUUAUCAGCUUCUGUUCAAGGACUAAAACCAUCAUGUGAUGACCAAAAUGUAUGCCAUGUCAAAGGGUCACAAGCCACAUUUUUCUUUGUAGGUCUUUACCUUAUAGCUCUAGGAGCAGGUGGAAUCAAGGCCUGUGUUUCAUCCUAUGGCGCAGACCAAUUCGACGAUUCUGAUGAGGCUGAGAAAGAGAAGAAGAGCUCUUUCUUUAACUGGUUUUACAUGUCAAUCAACAUUGGUGCUCUUGUUGCUUCUUCAGUGCUUGUUUGGGUACAAACCAAUGUGGGAUGGAGCUGGGGAUUUGGUAUUCCGGCUGCAGCCAUGGCGAUAGCAGUGAUGAGUUUCUUUUUGGGUACAAAACUGUAUAGGAAUCAGAGGCCUAAUGGGAGUCCAUUGACAAAGAUAUGCCAAGUCAUUGUGGCUUCAUUGAGAAAGUUGAGAGUUGAAGUGCCUAAGGAUAAGUCUCUUUUGUAUGAGACUGUGGAUGAUGAAUCUGUUGUUAAAGGUGGUCGAAAACUUGAUCAUACAAACCAGUUGAGUUUUUUUGACAAGGCAGCAGUGGAGACUGAAUCAGAUGUGAAAAAGGGGUCAGCAAUGAAUACAUGGAGACUAUGCACUGUUACACAAGUUGAGGAGCUCAAGUCCAUACUUAGGCUGCUCCCCAUAUGGGCAACAGGCAUAAUUUUCUCUGCUGCAUAUAGCCAAAUGGGAACCUUGGUUAUUCUACAAGGCAACACCAUGGAUCUUCAUGUGGCCAACUCCUUCCAAGUUUCCUCAGCCUCUCUCUCCGUCUUUGACAUCAUUAGUGUCAUCUUUUGGGUCCCAGUCUACGAUCGUUUGAUCGUGCCAUUCGCCAGAAAAAUCACCGGUCACAACAACGGCUUCACGCAGCUUCAGAGGAUUGCAAUUGGCCUUGUGAUCUCCACCCUUGCCAUGUUCAUUGCAGGGACACUAGAGUUUGUGAGGCUAAGAGAGGUGAAAAAACACAAUUACUAUGAGCUAAAACACAUUCCCAUGUCAGUGUUUUGGCAAGUUCCCCAAUAUUUCAUUUUAGGUUGUGCUGAAGUUUUUACCUGCAUUGGGCAGCUGGAGUUUUUCUAUGAGCAAGCUCCAGACACCAUGAGGAGUCUUUGUUCAGCUCUUUCACUCACAACCAAUGCUUUGGGAAGCUAUUUGAGUACUUUCCUGGUCAUUGUAGUCACUGACUUGACCACUAGAAAUGGGAAGCCUGGAUGGAUACCAGACAACUUGAACUAUGGUCAUGUCGAUUACUUCUGGUUUUUGGCUCUGUUGAGUGUGCUUAAUUUUCUUGUGUUUCUUUUGGUGGCCAAGUGGUAUACUUACAAGAAGCCACUAUAAUUGGCUGAUUGAGGAGCUGUGUUAAGCUCUGCUAGUUUAUACUUAUAUAAAAGAUAGAAAUAUGGAGGUAAUGUUGCUUCCUAGAAUCAAUUCUAUAUAUAUAGAAUCAAUAAUACAUCAUUUAUCUAUAAUUAACAAUUAAUAAACAAUUUAUGAUUUAUGAUUUAUCU